GAGUUGCCCAUACUUGCUCUUCUGUUUGAAUAUUGCAGAUGUAUAAUAUAUCUCCAAUGUCUUCUUCCUUCCUUCCUUCCCUCCCUUUCUGCAGACUCCACAUAUAAUUUGUCUUCUCAGCCUGAACUGUUAAGGAUGGCCAACUUCACCAAUGGCAAUUUCACCAAGGAAGGCAUCACUAAGUAUAAAGUCGUGGAGUUAGUGUUCAUAGCCACUGUAACUGGGUCACUUAGUCUUGUCACUGUGGUUGGAAAUAUCUUGGUCAUGCUGUCCAUCAAGGUGAACCGCCAACUUCAGACUGUCAACAACUAUUUCCUCUUUAGCUUGGCCUGUGCUGACCUGAUAAUUGGCAUCUUCUCAAUGAAUCUCUACACAGUGUAUAUUGUCAAGGGCUAUUGGCCACUUGGGGCUGUAGUGUGUGACCUCUGGCUGGCUCUGGACUAUGUAGUGAGCAAUGCCUCUGUCAUGAACUUACUUAUCAUCAGUUUUGACCGCUAUUUCUGCGUUACCAAACCACUAACCUAUCCAGCUAGGCGGACAACCAAAAUGGCAGGAUUGAUGAUUGCAGUUGCUUGGAUAUUAUCCUUUAUCCUCUGGGCACCUGCCAUAUUGUUUUGGCAGUUCAUCGUUGGAGAGAGGACAGUGCCAGAAGGACAGUGCUACAUUCAGUUCCUCUCCAAUGCAGCUGUAACCUUCGGCACAGCCAUUGCUGCUUUCUACCUCCCAGUGGUUAUCAUGACUGUGCUGUACAUCCACAUCUCAUUGGCCAGCCGGAGCCGUGUGAGAAGGCACAAACCGGAGAGCAAGAAAGAGAAGCGGACUAAGCCACUCAGCUUUCUGAAAAGCCCGCUGGUCAAGCAGAAUAACAACAAUUCUCCCAAGAAAGUGGUGGAGGUGAAGGAGGAAGCAAAAAAUGGGAGAGUAGAAGAGCAGCCCUUGCAACCAUCUGAAACUACUGGCCACCAAGAGGAGAAAGAAACCUCCAAUGAAUCCAGCACAGUAAGCAUCACCCAGACCAAUAAGGAGAAGCAGGGGCUGGAAAUUGUACCGGCUGACACAGGUGAGAGCCCUGCCCAUCCACGGACCAACCCUGCCUCUAAGUGGUCCAAAAUUAAGAUAGUCACUAAACAAACUGGGACUGAAUGUGUCACUGCCAUUGAGAUUGUCCCGGACAAAGAAGCCCGUUCCACCCCAGUUACCUUAUCAAACAGCCGUCCAGUUAAUGUUGCCAGGAAAUUUGCUAGCAUCGCCAGGAGUCAGGUCAGGAAGAAGCGACAAAUGGCAGCUCGAGAGAAGAAGGUCACCAGAACCAUUUUUGCCAUCUUGUUAGCUUUCAUUUUGACAUGGACACCUUACAAUGUAAUGGUCCUCAUUAAUACUUUCUGCGAUUAUUGUGUUCCUGACACAGUCUGGUCCAUUGGGUACUGGUUGUGCUAUGUCAACAGCACCAUCAACCCAGCUUGUUAUGCCCUUUGCAAUGCUACCUUCAAGAAAACCUUUAAGCAUCUUCUUAUGUGUCAGUACAGGAACAUUGGUACUGCGAGAUAAUCUGGAUUUGGGGGAGUGCUCAGCAAUGGGGUUGUGUGUGGAGAUUUGCUAUUCUCCAACCAGAUAAAUGUAUGACUCUUAGUCUUACCAUUAACUACUAGAUGGAGCCUUUCACCAAAUGCAGAAUGAGAACUAGUGAAAACAUACACUUUUCAUCAUACUUGGCUCUUGAAUAUUCACCAAGAAAUAGGCAGGCCUUCCACACAGAUGACCCUCUUGACUGUGCUUCUUCAGAAAACAAAGAAGAAGGAAGUUAGGGAUUAGAUGUGGCCAAGUGUCACAGGUUCACCCGACAGAUGUAACAGACCCCACUCUUCGCCUCACUGCUCUUGAAAUACUGGUAGACUUUCAUGACCUUUUAAUUUAUCUCUGACUAAACUAGGAGGCUUCUACUGGUGGCUAGAUGGUACAUUAGAAAGAAAUGCAACAAAAAAGAUCCUUCUUUCCUUGGAUGCAUUGCUGGCUUUAUACUUUGUGCACAUUUGAGAGAGAAAGAGCAGCAAGGGACAGCAGGGUUGAUUAAUUAAUAAACAGUGAAAAUGAAAAGAAAUAUACUGUCUCAGCACCAGUCAUCGAGCUGGCAGUAGAUUCUGCUUGGCAUCUGAAAUUGGGCAUGCUUAGAUAGACCAAGAUGUACCAAUUUCCAUUUGUAGAUUCUAGGACUUUGUCUAGUAGAAUUUCCAGUGUCCCAUGUGCAAGGGACUUGUUCCUCUCAGGGAAUAUACCAGCUGCUGGAUAGACUUGUCUGCUUCAUAGGCUUCUCAAGGACCUUACCAAACCUGCCUCAACUCCAUUUCUCCAUGGCAGGCCGUUGAGCCAAACAGGUGGUUGAAUAGAGAGACUCCUUUCAGGAUAGGUAGAAUGCCACCUCAGCUUGUUUUGAAAAAAAAAACAGAUAUCGCAUAGAUACCCACAGUCAGUUCUACAACAUUUUGGAUUGUGUGCCAAAGGAAUGAUUGUCUAAAGUUAUUAAUCUAAAAGGUAAGCAUGGUAUCCUUGAGGCAGUGGACACUCGACAGGCAGCUCCAAGGAGAACAGCAAACAAAGCAACCAUGAUGGUGGAAGAAGAUCUCUACACUGGCAAGUCUUUCUAAGAGAGUCUCUAAAGCC